CUCAAGUCCUUCAAAUGUCCGAUGCAGCAUAAAAUAGGAACUGUUUGACUGACUCAUUUCAAGGAAUCAGUUCCUUCUUGCUUUUGUACAUUCGUCAAAAAAGUAUGAAAGUAUUUUAAGAUAGCAUAAUAUAAGCUGGUCUGCCUUGAUGUUGUAAAUUUGUGAAAUGCGUACUUAUUCGUUCUAUGUCAGAUAGUAUAAACAUUUGGAAAUCUGUGACUAUGUAUUUGAUAUAAUGUUUUUAACUUGAAUCAGUUUAUUUCACUCAUUUUACAUCAAAUCUUCAAGCUGUAGUUUCUAUUAUGAAUGAUUAAACCAUAUACUUAGUAAAAAUCGUGACAAAUUAUGAAUUUCACAGAAACUCCUGAUCCAGAGCGAUUUGUUCACUUAUCUUUUGGAAACUGGACUAACGAAUCAAAUACAGUUAACGAGUUCGACAAUGAUUCUAAUGCGUCUGAUGAUUACGUUACAAGAAGUAAUCUCCAUUCUUCAUCCGUUUUAAUACCACAAGAUGUACCUCUUUCAACAGUGGUGCUGCUUGCAGUACUACUCGGUCUUUUGAUUCUCUCAACUGCUGUGGGCAAUUUAUUUGUUCUUGUGGCAAUAGUUCGAGAACGACACCUUCAGACCGUUGGCAACUACUUGGUGCUUUCGUUGGCAGUUGCUGAUAUGAUGGUGGCUUGUCUAGUCAUGCCGAUGGGAGCACAAUAUGAAAUUACAAACCAUGAAUGGCUCUUGGGACCGGAACUUUGCGAAGUUUGGACAUCUGGAGAUGUGCUAUGUUGCACGGCUUCCAUUCUGCACCUAGUCGCCAUUGCCCUGGAUCGCUACUGGGCAGUAACUAAUGUCCAGUAUGCCAGAGAGGGCAGAAGAAAAAGAAUAGCUAUCAUGAUAGCAAUUGUUUGGAGCGCCGGAUUCUUAGUUUCCAUUGCACCUAUACUUGGAUGGAAAGAUGAAAACUUCUUGCAGCGGAUACAAGAAGAAAGACAGUAA